AUGGUCAAGAAGCGCUUCCAACAUCAGUGGGAUCACUGUUCGUGGUCUGCCGGCACUAUUUGGAGGAGCCUUGACACUGCCGAAACAUCGCAGAAGUGGGGCCGCAAAACAAUUGAUGAGAGUUUAAGGCGGAAGGCGAUUUCGAAUUUCGCUGUACCUUCAAACUCCAACGUCGUUGAUCCUAUUGUGGUUCCGGAUCUUCCGCUCGACGAGGCGGUGAAGAGGUAUGCCGAAUGGCAUAAAACACAAGUAGCUUCUCAAAAAAUGAAAGACAACGUCGAUCUUGCGUGCCAGAUAGCAUUAGCCAAUGGAUACGAUCUUAGCCAGAUAGAUAAAGAUCGAAAUUGGAAUGAAUACGCUGACGAAGGUGUAAUGAAAGGAGUGGCAAUCCGAUGGACUGGGCAGGUUCGCGAGUGGUUAAACCACUAUGAGCCACUUUUUUGA